AUGUCAUCCGACAAGUUAUCACGCGAGGAGACUCGUGUGAAGACACAAUACGAUAUUGACCAAGAGAAGGGUGUUCCAAUCUAUCAAACGACGUCGGGACCUGUAGCAGGAGACGUCUUCGACGAGUCCUAUGGGACAACACAACGCGGUCUCAAAUCAAGACAUGCUCAGAUGAUUGCUCUAGGAGGCACCAUUGGUACUGGUCUGUUCGUAGGUAGCGGUCAGACGCUUGCCAGAGGUGGACCAGCAUUUAUCUUGGGAUCGUUCGUCUUCAUGGCUGCUUUGAUCUGGAUGAUCGUUACCGCUAUUACUGAGAUGUCGGCCUAUCUGCCUACUCGUGGUAGUAGCAUGACCAUGUUUGCAGAUCGAUUUGUGUCAUCCAGCUUCGGUUUUGCUUUGGGUUGGCUAUACUGGUAUUCUCUUGGAAUCUUGGUGCCCUACGAGAUCACCGCAGCUGCGCUGGUCAUCGAGUACUGGGGUUCCACCAUCAACAUCGCUGUUUGGAUUUCGAUCAUGCUGGUCUUAAUCGUUGCACUCAACCUAUUGCCAGUCAAGUAUUACGGGGAAGUCGAAUUCUGGUUUGCAGGCACGAAAGUGAUAAUGAUGGUCGGUCUCUUGCUUGUAUCACUCAUUAUCUGCUUGGGUGGUGGUCCAAGGGGAGACAGGCUCGGAUUUCGCUACUGGAACAACCCUGGAGCCGCAAACGUCUACCUUGCUGAAGGAAACACUGGACGCUUCAUAGCACUGCUGUCGACCUGGGUGCUCAGUGCAUUUCCUUUUGCAUUCGCUCCGGAGUUGUUGGUUGCGACUGGUGGUGAAAUCGAGGACCCGCGUCGCAACCUCCCCAUCGCAGCCAGAAGAUACUUCUAUCGUCUUAUCUUCUUCUACAUAUUCUCAGUCCUUGCUAUUGGUGUCAUCUGUCGCUCAGAUGAUCAGGCACUUACCAAUGGUGGAGUUGGUGCUGGGUCUUCGGCUUUUGUGGUUGGCAUCAAGAAUGCUGGUAUCCCUGUUCUGGACUCUAUCAUCAACGGAGGCAUCAUUCUCAGUGCUUGGUCGUCUGGAAACUCUUUCCUCUACCUUUCUGGAAGAAGUUUGUACUCACUUGCUCUCUCUGGUAAUGCACCAGCUUGGUUCAAACACUGCACCAAGAACGGUGUACCAAUUCGCGCAAUGGGAGUAUCAUCUCUCUUUUCGCUCUUGGCCUAUCUCAACGUUGCAAAUUCUGCUAGUGUUGUUUUUAACUGGCUCGUCAACCUCACCAACACUUCGGCUUUCAUCUCGUGGAUCUGUUGCUGCAUCACCUACAUACGCUUCCGCAAGGCGUUCACCGCUCAGAACAUCCCCAACUCUGAUCUUCCUUACCGCAACACCAUCAUGCAGCCUUGGGGUGCAUGGUUUGCAAUGGUUUUCUUCACCAUUUUGACUCUAAUCAACGGCUUCACCGUCUUCUGGCCGCAGAACUGGUCAGUCGCUGAUUUCUUCACGGCGUAUGUUGGCAUUCCGAUCCCUAUCGUUAUCUACCUUGUUCACAAGGUCUUUUGGGCUAGACAUGAGGCUUGGGCUCGUCCACCCCUGACUGUGGAUUUAGUGAGUGGGCUUGAUGAGGUGAUGACUACGUACAAGGAAAAGAAGCCUUAUACCAAGUGGUAUCACUACGUCAAGGUGUUGUGGGAGUAG